GAAUUUGCCACCUUAACCCGGGAGCUGAGCACGUGUCGGGAGCAGCUUCUGGAGCGGGAGGAAGAGAUCUCAGAGCUGAAAGCCGAGCGGAAUAACACAAGGGAUGAUGCGGGUCGGGCCGAGGAGCUGCAGGAGCUCCUGGAGAAGCAGAGCUUUGAGCUCAGCCAGACCCGGGAGCGGCUGGUCACGCUGACAGCCACUGUGACGGAGCUGGAGGACGACCUGGGCACGGCCCGCCGGGACCUCAUCAAGUCCGAGGAGCUGAGCAGCAAGCACCAGCGGGACCUCCGAGAGGCCCUAGCCCAGAAGUUGGAUAUGGAGGAGCGGAUCACCACGCUGGAGAAGCGCUACCUGGCCGCUCAGCGGGGGAGCAGGGAUAGUUGG